UUCAUCCAUUUUCGCCUACAAAUAUUUUGAAAUCUGGAUACUAUGACUUUAGUCGCAUUUGAAAUCUUUGUCGGAACGUAUUUAUUUUAAGUAAAUUGUUUAUCAGAACAAAUCAGAACCAUGUGUGAUUCAUCUUGUCAUUUAUAUUGUUUGCAUGACACAUGCUUCUGCCAUUCAACUCUACAUUCUUGUUGCAGUCAUUACAAAUACUACAGAUGUUAUUGUCGCUCAUACCAUCGUUCGUGCUGCUGCUAUUUGUGGAGGAGAAAAUGUUAUCUUCUUUAAAAUUAUCGCAAAGUUUAAUUUUUUGAGAGACCCAUGUUAAUAGAACUAAUUUUAAGGCGUAAAUUGUAUUUAUAAUAGCAUCGUUGUAUUCCUGUAAAGUAAAUAAGUAUAUGAAUAUACAAGUGUUCAUAAUUUACUAAAUUAGAUUAAUUAAUAAAUGAU